AUGACCUCAAUAGCGCAACCGAUGGACAUGGGUAUAAUCCAAAAUUUAAAAGUUCACUAUAAACGCCGUAUUUUAACCACCAUCUUAAAGGUUUGGGAAACUAAAAAAGAGGACUAUAAAAUAACUCUGCUCGAUUGUGUACGCGAAGUUUUGAGGGCGUGGAUACAGAAUUGUUUCAAAAAAGCCGGCUUCAAGGACGAUACAUGGAAUGAUGAAGAUGAUGUUCCACUUAACCAACUUAUAUGUGUAACCGACGACGCAAAUCAAAUCGAGAGCAUCUGGAACAGGCUAACUGAAGCUGAUUACAAUAUUGAAGGCUUGAAUUGGAGGGAUUAUGUGGAAGUCGAUGACGGUAUUGUGGCCACAGAAAAACCUGAGCGCGAAUCAAUUCUGGAAUCAGUAAUCAUAAAUCAUGCUGCUGCUGCUAACGAUGAUGAUAGUGGAGCUGAAGAUGAAGAAUUCGAAACAAUAAAUAUUGAAGUGCCAGAAAAGAAUGAAAUCGAUAAUGCAAUUGGAACAUUGCAAUCUGCGAUUGAAAUGACAGAAAAUGUACCAGAUGAGGUUCAACACUGCCUUUUCAAAAUAGUAAUUUUUUAA